GAUGGUGAUGAUGAUAAUGUUGAUGAUUAUGAUGUUGAUGAUGAGGAGGAGGAUGUUGAUGAUGAUGAUGAUGUUGAUGAGAAUGAUGAUGGUGAUGAUGAUAAUGUUGAUGAUUAUGAUGUUGAUGAUGAGGAGGAGGAUGUUGAUGAUGAUGAUGAUGUUGAUGAUGAUGUUGAUGAGAAUGAUGAUGGUGAUGAUGAUAAUGUUGAUGAUUAUGAUGUUGAUGAUGAGGAGGAGGAUGUUGAUGAUGAUGAUGAUGUUGAUGAGAAUGAUGAUGGUGAUGAUGAUAAUGUUGAUGAUUAUGAUGUUGAUGAUGAGGAGGAGGAUGUUGAUGAUGAUGAUGAUGAUGAUGAUGAUGUUGAUGAGAAUGAUGAUGGUGGUGAUGAUAAUGUUGAUGAUUAUGAUGUUGAUGAUGAGGAGGAGGAUGUUGAUGAUGAUGAUGAUGUUGAUGAGAAUGAUGAUGGUGAUGAUGAUAAUGUUGAUGAUUAUGAUGUUGAUGAUGAGGAGGAGGAUGUUGAUGAUGAUGAUGAUGUUGAUGAGAAUGAUGAUGGUGAUGAUGAUAAUGUUGAUGAUUAUGAUGUUGAUGAUGAGGAGGAGGAUGUUGAUGAUGAUGAUGAUGAUGAUGAUGAUGUUGAUGAGAAUGAUGAUGGUGGUGAUGAUAAUGUUAACGAGUUCUACCAUUACACUAAGAAUGAGUUCUACAAUUACACUAAGAACGAAUUCUACAAUUACACUAAGAACGAGUUCUACAAUUACACUAAGAACGAGUUCUACCCUUACACUAAGAACGAGUUCUACCCUUACACUAAGAACGAGUUCUACCCUUAUACUAAGAACGGGUUCUACCAUUACAUCAAGAACGAGUUCUACCAUUACCUUAAGAACGAGUUCUAUCAGUACACUAAAAAUGAGUUUUACCAUCACAAUAAGAACGAGUUCUAUCAAUGCACUAAGAACGAGUUCUACCAUUACACUAAGAAUGUGUUCUAUCAAAGCACUAAGAACGUGUUCUACCAAUUCACUGAGAACGAGUUCUACCAUUACACCCAAUUUCAUCCAAGAGCAAGGAUAGAACCAAGUCAAACCCUGAAGUGUUGA